AGUCUCACGCAUGGUCUUCGUCUUGCCGGAACCCUGCAGGCACAUCUCCGCUAGACUUAGUAUCAGUUUAGUGACAGUAACCCGUCUUUUCUGUAACACAUAUUUUGUUUCAUUUGAAUGUUUUGUACAAUUGACAGUGUCCGUCUGCAACGUGAUGUGGAAUGUUUUUCGCAGCGAAAUACUAUUUUUUUCACUUGAUGAAAGACUGUACUAAUCUACAGUUAGCGUUUUCCCCACUUUGAGGCAAAGUUUCGGCUCUUUAUCUCGGAAUGACGUUAAACAAUAUCGAAAGACAGGGGAAAUAAUUCACUGUGACCGUUCAGCCGCACAGGUUUCUUUAUCUAUCGCGACACGAGAUGUUGGCAGAUUGAAGGUACACGGAAUCAUAUCGAGACCUUGAAGCUACCACUUCUUCGUUCCGCGUCAGGCUCAAUAUCUAAACACAGUUUAAAAACGAAGGAACGCCACGCGUACUGCUCAGGAACGUGUUAUUACUAUGCUUAUAAAGGCAAGUAACAUACAAUAAUUCUUCGCAGUACGCGCCGAGCAGCAGUAACGCUUGGCAUUUGUUGUCGGCUAUGUCACUGGCUAGUCAUGUGAUGGCUUCCGCCAAUAGAAUUUCAGAUCUAUUAUAAUUCUUCGAAGGAAUUGUGGUCAUCUUUUCCUAAAAUACAUCCUGCCAGCCGUAGCUUCUGGACCAGGAAUUGGUGUCGAAGAAGUGAAAGUGAUAAUGCAUAACAGUGUUUUUUGGUGUGUGAUGGUAGUUUGGUAGUGGUAACUGCACUGCUUGUCUCCAAUAAGGCUCGAUUUACAGUUGUUAUAAAAACAGCAGGAAAUUUUUCGUCGAAGACCUUGACAACUUUUUGCAGCGGUGCAGAGCAUAAGUGUAUCGUGAUUUUGUUUCGUCAUAUUUCAGUGAGGUAUGUCGUUGACAUUAUUUGUUUAUAUACAAUAAGAGGAGAAGGGAAGCUGCUGCUUGUGUUAUGUAUACAUUCUGUUAAGGAACCUGAUUGUUUGUUUGUGGACACAGGCAUCGCUAUUUGGACAUACUUUCAGCAACUGAAAAUGGAACGUUUAGAUGCGGCCGUUUCUUUGGGAGGAGUAGGAGGAGGAAUGGACCAUGAGCACCUCAAUCAAGGCAGCCUUAACAUAAGUGAUGUCAUUGAAGUCAUCAAGACAACAGAUCCUGAAUUUGUGGACAGUAGUGGUAGGAUGUAUGGUGGUGGCGGUGGUGGCGGUCCUGUGGCGGCAGCCACUAUGGAGGAUGCGCAAAAGGCGGCAGCAUAUGUCAGAAUUGUCGAGCAGCCAGCACCGAAGGCACUUCGCUUCCGGUAUGAGUGUGAGGGACGCUCAGCUGGGAGCAUACCUGGCGUGAAUAGUACGUCAGAAAAUAAGACCUUCCCAACGAUCAAGGUGGAAGGUUACAAGGGUCGUGCUGUUGUGGUAGUGUCCUGUGUGACAAAGGAUCCUCCAUACCGCCCACACCCGCACAAUUUGGUUGGCAAGGAAGGCUGCAAGCGAGGUGUGUGCACAGUGGAGAUAUCACCUGACAACAUGACUGCCUCUUUCUCCAACCUAGGCAUCCAGUGUGUCAAGAAGAAGGAUAUUGACGAAGCUCUCAAAACUAGGGAAGAGAUUCGUGUGGAUCCUUUUCGCACGGGAUUUGCACAUAGAAGUCAACCAACAAGCAUAGAUCUUAAUGCUGUCCGAUUAUGCUUCCAAGUGUUCCUAGAAGGCAGUGAACGUGGGAAGUUCACCUUUCAGCUGCCACCAGUUGUCUCAGACCCAAUUUAUGAUAAAAAGGCGAUGUCUGACCUAGUUAUCUGCAAACUGAGUGACUGUACUGCAACGGUGGCUGGUGGAAAAGAGAUUAUUCUUCUCUGUGAGAAGGUUGCCAAAGAGGAUAUCCAAGUACGUUUUUUUGAGGAGCAGGGUGGACAGGUUUUGUGGGAAGGAUUUGGUGAGUUCCAGCCGACGCAAGUCCACAAGCAAGUUGCAAUCUGCCUCCGAACACCACGUUACCGCACACUCGAUGUUGACCGACCUGUACGUGCUCACAUCCAGUUACGUCGGCCCAGUGAUGGUGCUACAUCCGAGCCCCUGCCCUUUGAAUUGAUACCUUUGGAAUCAGAUCCAAAGAGAAAGAGGCCAAAAGAGAUGCGUAUACCUGAGGUGGAAAAGGCGAUGCUCCAGCAAUUUGGCAGUGCAAUGUAUGGGUCCUCAGUGCAUCAAUUACCAAUCCAAACGACUGCCCAAGGACUUGAGCAGAAACCUUCACCCCAGCUCCAGAUGCAAAUGCCAGUAUUGCAUCAUCCAACCAUCAAGAGGGAACCAGUAGAAACGGUGACCACACCAGGACCAUCCCCUUACAUGUUUGCUGGUGCUCAAUCACCAAUGUUUGUUGGUGCUGUGUCUGCAUCUGCAAGUCCAGCACAUAGUGUAGGACGAACACCAUCACCCAUGGACUAUGUUAUGCCACAGCCACAGCAACAGCAACCUCAACAACCACCACCUCACCAGCACCCUCAUCAUCAGCAACAGCAGCAGCAGCAGAACUAUCAGAUGGAAGCUAAAUUACAGGAAAUACUGGCAGCUGGUAGGCUGCAGCCAGCACAGUUUCCAUCUCAGGCACACACUGUGCAGCAUCCAGUACAAGCUCCAGUACAAGUGCCUCAGCAGAGGAUAGCAGAUGUAACCAGUGGUGCUGGAGGUGGCACUGAACUCCUAGACCUGGACAGUCAGCAACUGAGUUUGGGAAACAUCGACUCAGGCGAUUUGGCUAACUUUGGUCUUUUCUACAAUUCACUAUCGGAGAAUCUGUCCAGCAACUUGAACCUCACAGAUGGGGGAGGUGCAGCUGCAAAUACAGAGGCAGCUGGUGGCACUAACAUGACUGACAGCCUGACAAGACUCGCAAACACUACCAUGCAGGACAUUUGCAGUCUGAACAGCAUGUAUAAAGGAACUGGACACUGACAGUCUGCUAAUGCACAAGGUGCAAGCAAGAUCCCUGCAAAUCAUGGAAGUAGGAGAUCUGAGUGGAGAGUGGCCUCCAGCAGAACAGUGAAUGUGUAAGUAGUAACUCCUGUGAGGAUAAAGAGUGUAGCACUAACAAAUGUGGUGGGACGCAACGACGACAUCCAGUCAGUUUGCUGUGCAAUAAAAGAAACUGGACUUCAGUAAACCUAGGAAAAGUAAUGACAGAUUAUACAAAUAGAGAACGGUACAGUUCAGACAUAGAAUUUUCUAGUGAAUUCAGGUGCAUCAUUUGUCCAGUUAUGAAUCAUCUGCGUCACACCAUGAGAAAUUCGAGAAGUGAUCUCGGAUUGAUGUCAUACAUUAUGUGCAAUGAAAGUUGGCUGUGGAGUGCACUUGGGUCUCCAGUGCUAAGUGCUCUUGAAACUUGUAAAACAAUGUACAAAGCUGGCAGGAAAUGACUGUAUUAAGCAAAUUUGUGUAAAUGUUAUUGAUGAAUGUUGUUUUUAUGAGGCUUUUAUCCGUUGUACAUUUUAUUCAUGUGGACUUUUAUUUGUAUAUUUUAUACAAAAACUUUUAUAGCAGGAAAAACAAAAUACUACUGUUGCUCACUUUUAUUCUGUAAGCCAGUGGCUUACAGUAAACAGUGUACACUGAUUUUAUUUCAGUUGUUGUAUUUGAGUAUAAUAUACACAUUCAAUUUUCAAACUUUCUCUGAUCUCUCAGCCUGGUAUUUAAUUGAUUUUUGUAUCUGCAGUAGUGACUUUGUAUUGAUUUCAUGUAUUUUCUUAUGCACUUUGAAGUACAAGCCAGUUAUACAAACACAGUUAAAAUAAAUGUGACUGCAGAUCCAUUACUUGCAUGAGAUA